AUGGAUCACGACUCUCAUCACCUCCUCAACCAUCUCAAAGUCACUCCUUCUCCGCCGUCACUAACUGACCACAGUAUACUGACCAUUUCUCUUGAAACAGGAGCACCAGACCAUGGACCAGGAUGGUGGAAAUUAAAUACGAAUAUUCUAGCAAGCCCAACAUUUCAAAGGAACAUUCGUGACUUCCUCGAAUUCUGCUUCAACCCAGAAGGUCCAUUCGGACACACCACCCCAAAACUCCUAGAUCAUGAUGAGUACGACUCACUCAAAUAUAUGCUUCGAAAACUAUGCAUGGAUUACAGCGCGAAACAGCAGCGCAAGAAGAAAAAACACCUACUGUACAUUAACUCCGAGAUAAAUCGUAUCUCUGAAAUUAUCCCUACAGCGAGAACCUCGCCACAACAACAACUCUUGCAAUCACUCCUGACCGAACUAGAUAAAAUAGAACUGGAAAGACUUGAAGGCCAAGCCAUUCGAAGCCGUAUCCUAUGGAGGGAGCAAGGAGAGAAGUCGACGGCAUACUUCUUUCGAACACUAAAAAGUAGGCAGGCUAAAGCCCAAAUGACAUCUAUUGACCAUCCACACACAGGUGUAUCCUGCGACACUACGACAGAAAUUUUGGAGGCUACCACAACAUUCUACAAAGACCUCUUCACACCAUCAGACAUACCAAUCACUGAAACACGCUCUUUUCUCCAACAUACACCGGCCAAUGUGUUCUCGGAAGAGGAAAAACAAGAAUGCAUACGACCUAUCCUUCGCGACGAGAUACUAGAUGUCGUAAACAGCUCCCCGAAUCAGAAAGCCCCGGGUAACGACGGAAUCCCCUUCGAAUUUUACAAAACCUUUCAAAACUCCAUUCUUAUAGAUAUCCUUACCAGCCAAUGCAAUCAAACAUUGAAGAAAGCGCAUAUACCAGAAAGCUGGAACUCGACAAAUACAGUUCUGAUCCACAAAAAAAACUGUCGCAGGGACCUCCGCAACUGGCGCCCGAUCGCGCUAGUUAACGCCGACAGCAAAAUCUUCUCAAAAGUGCUUAGCAACCGAAUACAACAAACGAUAUCACUGUGCAUAGAUCAAUACCAAACAGGCUUCGUGAGAGGACGAUAUAUUGCCGACAACGCCGCUGCUGCGCUGUUGCUCAUGGAACAUGCGGAAAGAACACAAAAAAAAAAAAAAAAACGAACUCCCACCCUGCAUGCUUCUUCUUGA